GAAGGCUGUAAGUGUUACGGUCUGGUGUUCUUGUGUCGAGACAUGGAGUUCAACCUCAUGUUGGUGGACCUGCCUUGGUACCUCAGGAAAAUUGAUCUGAGCAACUCGGAUUUUACGGAACUAGAAGACAUGCGGGGUAACAACUGGACAGACGUCACUUUUCAAAGGUUCAGUUAUGUGGCAGAACUUGUUCUGAAGAAUGCGGGACUGUGGACUCUGACAAAUGAGAUGUUCCUGAAGCUGAAAAACUUGCUUGUGUUGCACACAGACAGUUAUCAACUCAUCUGUAUUGCCCAGAACGAGGCGAACCUGAAGCUACGGACAUUCACCCCACCAAAGGAUGCUAUCGCUUCAUGCGAAGACCUCAUUGAAAAUGCAGAGCUGAGGAUCGUGCUGUGGGUUUUGGGUUGGUUCGCCUUCCUGGGGAACAUCCUGUUCAUCAUACGUCGUCUUGUCAAACAGAAAGGCGCCCUGACCAAAAUCAAAAUCCUAGACCUCAUUUUUCUCAACCUGCACAUUGCAGACGCCAUUAUGGGUGUCUACUGCAUCAUCAUUGCCUCUGCAGACGAACACUACCGCGGACGGUACAUCGAGAACGCGGAGAUCUGGAAGCAAGGGGGACUCUGUCAGUUCGCUGGGUUCAUUUUCACCCUUGCUGCUGAAAUCCCCUUUAUCGCCCUCCCUAUAGCUGCUGUUGAGGAAAGCAUUUAUGCCUUCUUUGACCUGAAGUUCAGGAAGGAAUUUGGGAAUAAAGAGAAUAAGGAGAAGCCGCCGUUUCCUCAGUGGAUAUCGCUGAAGAGGGCGGCAGCCAUGUUGGGGGUCUCCUGGUUUGUUCUUGCCUUUCUGGCUAUCGUUCCCCUGUUUGGUAUCCCCUACUUUGGGAACAAGUUCUAUGCAAAGAGCACGGUGUGCCUCCCGGUGUACAUCGCUGGUGACUUGCCCGUUGGGUUCGGGUAUACCGCCUUCCUCUUCAUCAUUUUCAACUUCUGUGCGAGCAUGGCGCUCAUCGCCUGCUAUGUCUUCAUGUUCGCAGUGGACACCCAGAGGGAGGUAGAGUAUGAUGACGAGGGGGAGGCUAUAGAGGAGAUGGCCUUCAGCCAUCGGUUGUUUGCCGUGUCGUUCACUAACCUGUCCUGCUGGCUGCCCGUGGUGCUGUUCGGGAUGGCGGGGUGGCACGGCAGCCCAGUGUCGGUUGACCUGACGCCCUGGGCUGCCCUGAUCAUGAUCCCUAUCAAUGCUGCCGUCAAUCCGCUGAUCUACAUGAUCUUUCCUGACAAGAAGAGGGACCUGGGAGCUGACAAGGGGAAAGACGGGAAGCCAGGAGCCAAGCCGGGACAGGGUGGGGCCAAGCCAGGACAGGGUGGGGCCAAAGCGGUCCAGGGCGGGGCCAAGGCAGGGCAGGGUGGGGCAAAGGCUGGACAGGGUGGGGCCAAACCUGGCCCGGGUGGAGCCAAGCCGGGCCAGGGUGGGGGCAAACCCGGUCAGAGUGGGGCCAAAGCGGGGCAGGGUAGGGCCAUGGCAGGGGCCAGUGAGGUCGAGAGUGCUGUUAAAGCUAAAGGCGGUCAGGCUCAGGCUAGGGGGAAGGGCAAAGUUGCAGGUGCAGCCAAGGAUGAUAUUGGUAGUGCAGGUGACGCCGAACCCAGCGCAAAGGGCCAAGCUGGCGGCAAAGUAGUCCCUGAAGAAGCCAAGAUUGUGGCCAAGGAAGGAGAUGGAGGCUCUCCAGAUGUCGCUAAAGCUAGCAGUGGCAAUGCGCAAGUUGGAGGUCCUGAUGCAAGUGCUGGCGAGACGGUUGAUGAGGGAGUUGCGGCAGGGGAAGGCGGCGGCACUAAGGUUUCUCUCAAAGUCGAAGUGCACCGCAGUGACGAGAAGGGUGACACCACCAGUGACGACAGCGGGGUGAGUGGGUCUAAGAGCGAAGGCACGGAGGGGAGUCACGAAGAUGCCGGCACUGCUGAAGGAUCCCCGGAUCAGGCCAAAGAGACCUCAGCACAUGACGUGGAUGCUGGCGACACGCCCACUCAAGGUGGCAAAGGGAAUGCCAAAGAUGAUGCGAAAGCCAGGGAAGGAUCCCAUGAUGAGGGCAAGGCUGGUCCUGUACGGGAUGGAGGCGUGGAUGCAGGAGAUGCUACCGCUCAGGAUGGCGGAGGGGGUUCGAAGGAUGGUGCUAAAGUGGGUGAAGCAGACCACAAAGUAGAGACUGAUGGCAACAAUGCAGAUGGCAAGGCUGAGGCUGACUAAAUAGGCAGUAGCACUGAAGCUGCUAAGAGGGGAGAGGAUCUGGUUGGUUGCAAAGAUGAUCAUGACAGAACAAAGAGCACUGGAACAGGGCAAAGAUGACAAUAACACUCAUAA